AUGGGUGAAGCAUCGGUAGUAGUUCAAAAUAAGGGAAUGAAGAAAAGCUUAUCCAUAGUGGUAGCUAAAGGCAAUGGGCCAAGCUUGAUUGGUCGGAAUUGGUUCCGUGAUUUAGGAAUACAAGUUGAAGGAGUAUAUAAGUUAGAAGUUGAUAGUGAUGAAUUGGCCACAACAUUGGAACGGAUACAGAAACACUAUGCAGGAGUGUUCCAGGAAGGAUUAGGGAAAUAUACUGGCCCGGUAGUUAGUAUUAGGCCAAAAGAAGGUGCAAAGCCAGUAUUUUUUAAGAGUAGACCGGUACCAUUCGCAAUAAAAGGCCGAAUUUACGAAGAGUUGGAUAGGUUAGAAGCCGAAGGCGUUUUAGAGGCGACGGCACAUUCCGAAUGGGCCACACCCAUAGUUCCAGUGCUUAAGCAAGAUGGUAAGGUACGUCUGUGCGGGGACUACAGAGCGACAGUGAAUGCCGUAACUGAUACUGACACUUACCCCUUACCUACCCUUAGUGAAGCUUUUGCAGAACUACAAGGGGGAGUUCUAUUUACAAAGAUAGAUUUGGAACGGGCGUACACCCAGGUUAUGGUAGAUGAGGAGACAGCAAAUUUGCUAACUAUUAACACUCCUAAGGGGUUGUAUAAAAUGAAGAGACUACCCUUUGGGGUAAAGGCUUGCCCUGGUAUAUUCCAACGACUCAUGUCAACGUUAUUGGCUGGUAUUCCUGGUGUAGCCGUACUGUUAGACGACAUUGUGGUGGCUGGCAAUGGAGUGCAAGAGCACAAUACGAGGCUCGAAACGGUACUUCAGAAGUUACAAGAAGCUGGAUUGCGAGUGAAUAAGACGAAAUGUAAAUUUGCUGCCAGAAGUGUGCAAUUUUUAGGUUUUAUAAUCGACGAAUUCGGCAUACACCCUUGCGAGGAGAAGAUUCGUGAAAUUGAGAAGACACCAGCACCACGUAACGUGAAGGAGCUUCAGGCAUUCUUGGGGCUGAUCAAUUUUUAUGAUAGAUUUUUGCCACACAAGGCCUCGAUUUCUGAGCCAUUGUACAGAUUAUUGGAUAAAGAUGCGACAUGGAAAUGGGGAAAAUCUCAGCAAGAUUCAUUCGAAAAGUUAAGAAAAAUGAUUUCCAGUUCAGAUACUCUGGUACAUUACGACAUAAAAAAGAAACUUAUUUUAUCUUGCGACGCAUCGCAGUUCGGUCUAGGAGCAGUGUUGGAACACGAGAUGACUGAUGGAAGUAUCAGACCCGUAAUGUUCGCCUCGAGAACCAUGAACGCACAUGAACGUAAUUAUGCACAAAUAGACAAGGAAGCAGCUGCUAUCAUAUUUGGCUUGAAGAAAUUUCAUCAGUUUAUAAGUGGUCGAAGAGUAAUUAUCAAGACAGAUCAUAAGCCUUUGUUGGGAAUAUUCGAUUCGAAGAGACCCAUACCCAAUAUUAUUUCACCAAGGAUGCUAAGGUGGGCACUUCUUUUGAACUCGUACGACUAUGAGAUUCAAUAUGUUGAGGGGAAAAAAAUUGGUAAUGCAGAUGCCCUCAGUCGAUGGCCAAGCCCAGCAGGUGCACAAAUGUCAGAGGAGGAUUUUUUAGGAAUCUUACUCAUAGAGGAGACACCCAUUGAAUUGGAAUUUUCGGCGACAGAAGUGGCGAAUUUGACAAAAAAGGAUAAGUGCCUCAGUAAAAUAUUGUACUGGAUACGCAAUGGAUGGCCUGGGAAGAGCGAGGAAGAGUAUAAGAUUUAUUGGCAAAAGCGAGAUGAGUUAUCCAUGUAUAAGGAUUGCAUUUUAUGGGGAAAUAGAGUGGUUAUACCAGAGAAGAUGCGAGGAAAAGUGCUAGAAGAGCUUCAUAUGAAUCACGACGGUAUUGUGAUUACAAAAGCUAUGGCGAGGAGCUAUUUUUGGUGGCCUGCGAUGGAUAAACAAAUUGAAGAGAUGGUGAAGAGCUGUAAUGUGUGUGCAGAAAAUCGAAAUAUGCCAUCAAAGGUUACCCAUCAGUGGAUUAAACCGGAUAAAGCAUGGUCUAGAUUACAUAUGGAUUAUGCUGGGCCAUUUCAGGGGAAGACAUUUUUAAUCGUAAUCGAUGCCUAUUCUAAGUGGCCAGAAGUCAAGAUUGUACCAGAUAUGAGCAGCUCUGCCUUAAUAAGGAUUUUGCGAGAUGUUUUUGCGGAACAGGGUCUUCCAGACGUACUUGUCAGCGAUAAUGGUAGAAGUUUUGUUUCAGAGGAGUUCCGUAAAUACUUACAAUCCCAAGGGAUCAGGCAGGUACUGUCCGCUCCUUAUCAUCCUGCGACGAACGGCCAAGCGGAACGAACGGUACAGACCGUAAAGGCUAAAUUAAGAAAAUUGACUUCAGGACCAUGGGAAGCGAGAUUACCGGCGGUACUGUAUGGUUUACGCACUACACCUAACAGCGUCAACGACAAAACUCCGGCUGAGCUCCUGAACAAUAGGCGAUUUAGAACGAAGUUUGAUAAGUUGAACCCUCUGUCUUCUCGGUGUGCUGAUAUAGAAGAAGCAGUAGAAAAGAAUAGUGCCACGAAGAACAGGGAGUUUCAAACUGGCCAGUCAGUAUAUGUCAAGAACUACUGCGGGGGACCACGCUGGUUAAAAGGAACGGUAGAAAAGCGUUUAGGGGUUUGCAGAUACUUAGUGAGAUGGAACGAUAAGCUGCUAGUGAGACACAUCAAUCAAAUGCUCAGUUGCGGGGAGGAAAGUCGGCAGAAAGUUCCUGAGGCAACCGAUAGGGCUACAGAUGACGAUGACGAGGAUACCCGAAUCUCGAUACCGUCGCCGCAUCGUUGGGCCGACAUCAUAGGUGUGUCCGGACCCCAAGACAUCACGAUACACAGAAACUCUCAAAACACAGCAUCCAGCAGCCAUAAACGUGCCAGGCAGACCACACCCCCAGACUCACCCGAUCAUAAAAGAAUAGCCCUAGGAGAUAGUGACAGUGAGUCAGAGUUAUCUCAAGAUAGGGAUGUAGAGACGGAGGAAGAAUAA